UUACUACUACUACUAGCUUAUGCUUAUAUACCUACUUUAAUGUUUAUAUAAAGAUAGAUUGUAAAGUAAAAUUUAUUUAAGUUCAGGAACAUUUAUUUCUGCUAAGUGUGAAGCGAAUAAUAAAUCUUACCUACAACCUGGUUUCGGGAAGUUGUCACGCAGCUUAGUCAGUAGCCUAGAUGCGAGGAGGCAUUUGACUUGGAGGUCAGAGCACCAAGUUUUCUCAGGAUGAAGAGACAUCCACUUUUACAGUUCGUUUGUUUAGCGAAGUAUCUGCAGAACCAAGUUAGAGGGGGACCACUGCUGCCAAAGCCAGUUUCUCCUUUACUGUGGAGAACCAUCCAUGGUCAUAACCCUAAAUAUGGUCAGACUGUUGGUUUCACACUCAAGAGCCAUACCUGUGGUGAGUUGACAGCUCACAAUGUUGGUGAGACUGUCACUCUUCGAGGAUUUUUACAGUAUCAGCGUAUGGGCAAAUUUGCAGUGCUCAGGGAUUCUGCUGGACAGACACAGAUAAUUCUUAGAGAGGAGAAUACCGAGAUGUCCAAACUGCUGAACCAGACUCCCUUUGAAUCAUAUGUAGAAGUAAAAGGGGUUGUCCAGCAACGACCAGAAGAUCAGUACAAUAAGGAUAUGCCGACAGGAGAGAUUGAAAUUUUAGCUGACAGAUAUGAGGUUUUAAGUAAAGUUCAGAGAGAUCUUCCAUUUAUUAUACGCUCAUACAAUAAGCCAAAAGAAAAUUUAAGACUACAGUAUAGAUAUUUAGACUUGCGUCACAAAGAACUUCAGCGGAAUUUGAAGUUACGAUCCACGGUUGGAAAGAAGAUGAGAGACUAUUUACAAGAUGUAGAAGAUUUUGUUGAAAUUACAACGCCAACAUUGUCUGUGAAUACUCCAGGUGGUGCCCAGGAGUUUGUAGUCCCUUCAAGACACCCUGGGAAGUUUUAUUCUUUGGUUCAGAGUCCACAAACUUACAAGCAGCUGGCAAUGAUUGGUGGGUUUGAGCGCUACUUCCAGUUUGCCAUUUGUUAUCGAGACGAAGGAGGGAAGCCUGAUCGUCAACCAGAAUUCAUGCAGGUUGAUCUGGAGGUGGCUAAUGUAACAAUGGAAGAGAUUCAAAGGUUGAUAGAGAACCUUUUGGCAUAUUCAUGGCCAGCACACUUAAACCCAGUCCAAACACCAUUCCCCAUAAUGACAUACCAAGAAGCCAUGUCGAAAUAUGGAGUUGAUAAACCUGAUACACGGUUUGACUGGAAGUUAGAAGAUGUAAGUGAUGAGAUUCGACACUGUGGUGCAGCCAUUUUAGAAAAGGCCAUGUGUGCAGAAGGAAGUUCAGCUCAUGCCUUUCUUAUUUCAGAUGGACAGGCAGCUGUAACUAAGAAGAUCAUUUCUGCCUGGGAAUCAUUGGCUAAACGUGAAUUCAACAUGAAUGGUCCUUCUGUUAUGUAUGUCAAAGACAAUUAUGAAUUACAAGGAAAUUUAGCAAAGUUUUUAAAUUUGUCAAGCCAACGAAAUCUUAUAGAAGGUCUUUCAGGACAGAAAGGAGACAUUUUGGUGAUGGCAGUAGGACCAACAAACUCUGCACUGAGCCUUUUAGGCAAAUUGCGACUUUUAGCGGCUGAUAUAAUGGAAGCAGCUGGAAAGGAGGUGCGGAGCAAUGGUUCUUUCAACUUCCUUUGGGUGGUAGAUUUCCCUCUCUUCGAAUUUGACGAUAAACUUGAAAAAAUUGUGUCACUCCACCAUCCUUUCACUUUGCCAAAAGAAGGAGAAGCUCAUUUAUUAUAUACUGAUCCAUUGCAGGCAAAAUCCCAGCAUUAUGACCUGGUAUUAAAUGGCAGUGAAAUUGGUGGUGGUUCUAUCAGAGUUCAUGAUCCAGUAAUGCAACGACAUAUUGUGGAAGACAUAUUGAAAUUAGAUGCACAGUCUCUCAACUUCUUCAAUGAAGCUUUAGCAUCAGGAACUCCACCUCAUGGUGGAAUUGCUCUUGGAUUUGAUAGACUGAUGGAAAAGAUUUGCGGAAGCAAAAGCAUAAGAGAUGUUAUAGCUUUUCCCAAGAGCAUGGAAGGCCGUUGUUUGAUGUCUGGAGCUCCUGGCAUGAUUACUAAAGAGGAAGAACAGUUAUACCAUAUAUGUAUAAAGCCUACAUAGCAAGAGACUUUUUUACUGCCAAAGGUUAUUUAAUUUUUUUUUUUUUUAAAUAAAGAUACCUUUCAUAUUUAGU